GCGAGCGAGAGCAGCUGUGGCCGUACCUCGCGUGACGUGUACGACGUUCCUGCUCCUCCGGGUUUGUUGUGUUGGCAGACGGAUCCGAGGCAGCGCUGCGGCCGCUCUUCCUCGCCACAGACGCUUUCCUUCAUGAAUUAGUGGUGGUUCGCGCUUUUUUUGGGACAUGAUGUGGAGAGGCACGUUGCUAGUGGCGGUGUGGGCGUGGGCGGGGGUAGCGAGGGGCUUCUACGUGCCCGGCGUGGCGCCCGUGGAGUUCAAGAGGAAUGCCCCCGUCGAGGUGAAGGCUGUCAAGAUGACGAGCUCGCAGACGCAAUUACCCUACGAGUACUACUCCCUGCAAUUCUGCCGGCCUAAGAACGGCACGAUCUACAAGUCGGAGAACCUGGGCGAGGUCCUCCGUGGCGACAGGAUCGUGAACACGGCCUACGAGGUGUACAUGGACCAGCCCACCCAGUGCAAGCUCCUGUGCCACGACCUGAACACCCCCAUCCCCUGGAGCGAGCAGGAGGCCAAGGAGGUCGCCGACAGGAUCCGCCACGAGUACUACGUGCACCUGCUGGUCGACAACCUCCCCUGUGCCACUAAGUUUGUCAUGAUGGACACCCAGGAGCAGGUGUAUGAGAGGGGCUAUAAGUUGGGCUUUGUGCAGGACGACAAGGUGUACAUCAAUAACCACCUACGACUCAUUCUCUCAUACCACACGGAUGAUGAUGUGAAUUUCCGCGUGGUUCGCUUUGAGGUGGAGGCGUCUAGUGUGGAUCUCUCAGAAAUUGGGGGCACUGCGGACCAAUGUUCCUUCCCUGUGAAGCACAAACCACAAGAGGUGAAGCCUACAGACACAAACAACAUCCUCUUUACAUAUGCUGUGGAGUGGCAGCGUUCCGACGUGAGAUGGGCUUCUCGCUGGGACAUCUACCUGCAGAUGACAGAUGUACAGAUCCACUGGUUCUCUAUUGUCAACUCGCUGGUUGUGGUGUUCUUCCUCUCGGGUAUCCUCACCAUGAUCAUGAUCAGGACUCUGCGGCGAGACAUUGCCAGAUACAAUGCUGACGAGAGUUUAGAAGAGACCUUGGAAGAAUCUGGCUGGAAGCUUGUUCACGGAGAUGUAUUCCGACCUCCACGCUAUCCCAAGCUCUUCACAGCACUGGUGGGAUCUGGUGUUCAGAUCUUCUGCAUGGCCCUCAUCACAAUCGUGCUGGCCAUGUUGGGUAUGCUUUCCCCAGCCUCCCGUGGUGCCCUUAUGACUGCAGGGAUUUUGCUCUACGUAUUCAUGGGUCUCAUUGCUGGGUACAUGGCUGGUCGCCUAUACAGGACAUUGCGUGGCCAGCAAUGGAAGUCUGCUGCCUUCUGGACAGCUACACUUUUCCCUGCUUUUGUCUUCUCCACUUGCUUCUUCCUCAACUUCUUCAUCUGGGGAAAACAUUCGAGUGGGGCUGUACCAUUCACAACCAUGAUGGCCCUGUUCUCCCUGUGGAUCUGUGUGUCGGUGCCUUUGACUUUCAUUGGCUAUUACUUUGGAUUCCGCAAGCAGCCCUAUGAACAUCCUGUGCGGACUAACCAGAUCCCUCGACAGGUACCGGAACAGGUCUGGUACAUGCACCCUGUACUGUGUCUCCUCAUGGCAGGAGUCUUGCCUUUUGGGGCUAUGUUUAUAGAGCUGUUCUUCAUCUUGUCUGCCAUAUGGGAAAACCAGUUUUACUAUCUCUUUGGAUUCCUGUUCCUAGUGUUUGUCAUUUUGGUCAUCUCCUGUGGUCAAAUAAGUGUGGUAAUGGUCUACUUCCAGUUAUGUGGUGAAGACUAUCACUGGUGGUGGCGCAGCUUGAUCACUUCAGGCGGCUCUGCAGUUUAUGUGGCAGCAUACUCAAUCUUUUACUUGAGCACAAAGCUCGAGAUCACAGAGUUUGUUCCACUUCUAUUAUACUUUGGUUACACAGCCAUUAUGGUGGUGACUUUCUGGCUGUUAACUGGUACUAUUGGGUUUUAUGCUGCUUACCUGUUUAUUAGGAAGAUAUACGGUGCUGUGAAAAUAGAUUAAAGCAUCGUUCUUUUAGCCUGUAAUGGGGCAGUGUUUUACAUGCUCAUGGAUAGUUUUGCAGCAUCUUUGCUGUGCUAUAGAUCCUAUCAGACUCUCUCUCAUAGAUAUUAGAACACUUGUGUUUUCCAAAAUUGUUCUCAUCUUUUCUAAAGACUAAAAAAGUUCACAUCAUCAUUUAAAUGUCGUAUUAUUAUUGAAUGCAUUUUGUGAUUGUACAUACAAUAAAAAGUGAUACUAAGACGUUGCAUACAAUGUAUAGGAAGUAACCUGAUAUCACUACCACUGGGAAUGGUUGUGUAUAUAUGGCUUUAUGUCUGCCUUGAGGAGUAAGAGCGAUUCCUCUUGUGAUUGUUAAAGAUUCAAAGUGUGUAAUGAACCCUUGGGGUCCAAAUGCAAACAUUGUGCUCUUUUCAGUUGUAGCCUCAAGUCAUAUUCAGCCCUGAGAACUUCAAAGUCUGUACUGAUCUUUGAAAAAGUUAUAAAGAUCUUAAGCACUUUACAAAGUAAGAUCCAGUGAAAAUACUAUUCAGAGGUUUUUGAUUAAAAAGUAAUAAAUAUUGACAAUGCCUAAGAUUGUUGGUAAUCAAUGCAUUACACUUUAUAAUUGUGAAGUCCCAUCCAGUUACUGAUAUGAUUUUGUUGAUAUCAAGGCAUUGUAUAUUAUAUUAACUUAACCUAAUUAUUUAUAUGUAUAGAAAAUAAUCUAAUGCUUAAUUCAAGAUUGUAGAUGGUUGAUUAGUACUGUCAAAGGAAAUUUAGUAACUAAUUUCAGCAAAUAACAAUAAAAGACAAACAUAAAACAAAUAAAAUACAAGAGAUAUAGUUUUUUCUCUCAGCUGCAUUUUUUUUUAUUAUGGUUAGUUAUAUUUUAUUAUUUUUUUAUAUGCUACCUCAAGAUAUUUCAGUGCAUUGCAUCAGCCUUCUCUUUGUUUAGCUGACAACCAACUUUCCCAACUUGCCUAUCAAUUAAAAAAGAUCAAUAGACAACAAAGGAUCAAAUAAUACUAUUGAUUGUUUUGAAGUUUGGAUAUUGUUGGUCUAGAUCUGCAAUACGUUUCCAUAACUGUAGCAGAAGCAUGUCCAAUUUUUUCUUUUACCUGUUUAUUUUGUCCCAGUGCUUUUGUCAUCGUUUGUGAAUACUUAAAUAAUAGGAAAGCAAUGUGGAGCUUUUGGCAUGGUUGAGCAGAACUUGGAGAACAGUCAAGCUGAGGAAUGUAGAAAAUUUAGUGGACUAUUUAUCAGACAUUUUUUUCCGCUUUGUAGAUAAUAUGCAAUUCACAGAAUCACCAGGAGUAUACUAAGGCAAGAGCAAAUUGCAGUUGGCUUAUGGGAAAUACCCGUUUAUACAAGAUGAAGCUCCUGGAAGGCAUGGCUCAGUAUUCCUUUUAAUGUUGUGCUGACUAUAAAGAUGAAACCAUUCCAGGACAUGGGAAGUUUGAUGUCAAAUUUUAGCACAUACUGUGGAAUUAGCUAUGUUGCUAAGAAACUUUAUUUUUUAAUAGUAUUGAUAUUUUAAAGAAAAAAGUUACGUGACAAAUGGGAACUAAAGAUGUAAAGAUCAAGUAUUCACCAGGUUUUUUCAUUAUAUUUCCACACCAGCAGUAUGUUUCUUUAUCCAGAAAAAUAAGUUAAGUUAUACUUUCCUGGUAAUGUUUAUUACUGAUAGAGCCAUUUGAAAGAGGAACACAUAACCUUAUUGAUAAAGGGGUAUUUUUUUAUCUCUUUAUUUUUUUUGUUUUUUUUAUAAAUCUCAUUAUGCAUUGGUAGCAUCCAAGACUUUUAUCCAUAUUUGUUAAGAUUUGUCAUAGUGCGAUUUGUUUUUUAGCCUGAAUAAUGACAGGAUAGGUGUAGACAAGAGGGCUUGCCAAGAGUGCAACUUCUAGGCCGUGCUUAAAGAGCAGUUGCACUUAUGAAAGAAAUUAUUUUAAAAGACUGAAAAGAGGGCAUUAUGACUAUGAAUGGAGUAUUGUAUUUGGAGCGACUGUGUGUAAAAGAACAAGUAAAUACCAUAAAUUGUGGGAUGUAGAUUUGCAUUGGGAUUUUAUGGUGUCUGAGAAUAUGAGUUUUAAUAUUUGUGUGUGUGAAUAAAUAGUUAUUAUAUUUAUUAGAAUUAUUAUUGUGAUUACUUUAGAUGAUACUGCUUUAAUAAUUCUAGUGUUUUUUUUAAGAAUAUUUGGUUUUACUGUAUUAUUUUUAUGCUAAUGGUGGUUACUAUGAACAUUAUUAUAAAUAUUGCAGUUAAGAUGGUGUAUAUUUGGUAAAUUUUUCCAUUCAGUAUCAGUAUUUUUAUGGGUAAAUGUGUGUGUGUGUGUGCCUAGCUCUCCCUGGGUCUUGUAUAAUAUGUUAGAGACUUAGGCUAAUGAUAUAACAUUCACACAUCAGAAUUCCACAUUUGCACUCAAUGUAAACUUUUGUCAAGGAGGUGCAAGUGCUCUGAGAGUAAAGGAGAGGCAAGUACAGUGAGUUUCUUAAGACAGUGUCAGUAUGUUGCCAAGGAAUCACUGGUUUUCACUAAAGAGCCGGCUUUUAUUAGUAAAUAGUACUUGUAUACAGCAUGUGAUUUUUUUCUGAGAGGAGGUAUUUUGAGUGACCUUUUCUCCUAUGUAUUCAUGAAUUAACACUAUUUAUUUUGUGCUUUUUGUUUUACAUAUAUUUUGGGGGGUUUGGGUAAUCCAUUUUUUGAGAGAGAGGAUUAUUUUUUGUUUUGCAACUUUUUAUCAACACAUUCUUUAGAAUAAUUUCUAAACUAAAAAUCUAUGUUGUGCACUGUACACUGCUUUUGAUAGUAACAUUCCAUUGGUGUGUUCCUGAUACCUUUGUUUCAACCAUUUACAAAACAGUUGCUUGUAAAUUACUUCAGCAAAUAAAAUUUCUAAUGAUCACUUAUUAGAAGAAUGGAUUCCUACCCCACUUUGUGAGUAAGUUUUUGAUGUCUGAGAAGAGAGAAAUGAUGAUUAAUUUUCAUUCUUUUUUCUCCUUUUUAUAAGUGAAAUAAGAAAGGUUAUUUGAAACUAGAUUUUCUAAAGAAAGAAAGAGUAUUUCUUAAAUGCAAAAGUAGUAUCAUUUUUUUUCUCUCUUUGUGUUAUGUACCAAGAGGGAGAGUGAUGUAUAAAUAUCCUUAUAUGACAUAAUAACUUUUAUAUUAUUUUGUAGGUAUUGCAUUGACCAGUAACAGUUAUCUGAUCACACCUUUAUUCUCUAUCUCAUGUUUAUAACCUUUAUUACUGUUAUUAUUAUAAUUAUCAUUUCUGAUGGUGAUGGACUUUAUCAUCUCAUGAUUAGUCUUGUGAUGCCAUUGUGGAAUUUCAAGUGUGUUAUUUACCAUAUCCGUAAUUUCAUUUGGUGUUGUGUUUGGAUGCACAGAGGUUUGUGCUUGUAUAUCAAAAGUUAUAUACACUUGUUUGCUUAAAUAGCGUUAAUGAUUUAGCUGUGCCCUCUCUUGAUAAUGUACAGUAUCUAAAAAAAGAAGAAAAAGAAAUCUAGAUUUUCUUUGAUCUUUUGCAUUGGCACACAAUGUGGGUAGAUUCUUAGAGAUAAACAGUACCAUAUAAUGUUGAUUGUUUAGAACUUUUGUUCAUUGAUUUUCAAUGCACUUUGUGAUAUUAAAAGGAAAAUUGUA